AUGAUCCACGAUAUCAAUAAUACCUCUUUAGAACUUGAGUUUGGGGUGUUGGCUUUGAACUUGAGAAAUAUGUGGUAUCAGCAUGGAUACAGUGGAUUACGGUACUUUAAACAGCAUAUCGCAGAUAUUUACAAGAGGUUCGAAUUAUUACUUGACGAAGAUAAAGUUGAUCCUGACACUGUCAGAGCAGCAGAGAGCGCAUGUAACGACCUCCUAGCUUUACAUGCAGUACCCAAUGAAACCUGGUUACCAUACGUGACAUCUAUCAAAAGGAGAUUAUCACAAUCUAGCGGAUCAAGCUUGGAGAUCUCACCAAGCUCUUCUCUUACAAAUUCACCUACCGAAGAGAAAGAUUCACAUACUUAUCCAUACGAUUAUGCGGAGUCAAAGGGGAAUAGGUUGUCUCAUAGACGAGCCACAUCCUGA